CAUGAAUAUUACCAGCCUUUGAUGUCUAGUCUGUGUCACCAGUGAAACGUAGAUUGGGCUGGGGCUAAUUUUUAUUACUAUCUACUUGAUAAACUGCUUUGUAGAAAAUUCAGAUCAUUGCAGCUUCUGCUCAUUAUUAGCCAACGCAAAAUAUACCUAACCGUCUUAAGUAGUGACCAGAAAAGAAAGGCAAUGGAUAAAAGGAAACUAUCAACAGCCGGAGACAGUCUCUACCAAAUACUUGAAGUGCCCAAAACUGCUACAGCCGAUGAUGUCAAGAAAAGUUACCGAAAAUUGGCGUUAAAAUAUCAUCCCGAUAAAAAUCCCAAUAAUCCAGAUGCUUCGGAAAAGUUUAAAGAAGUAAACCGCGCACAUACUAUUUUGAGCGAUGCGACGAAGAGAAACAUUUACGACAAUUACGGCUCGCUCGGGCUGUACAUUGCGGAACAGUUCGGCGAAGAGAAUGUUAAUGCGUAUUUCGUGGUUACGAGCACCUGGUGCAAGGCGCUGUUUAUCGUAUGUGGUAUUCUGACGGGCUGCUACUUCUGCUGCUGCCUGUGCUGUUGCUGCAACUGCUGCUGCGGAAAGUGCAAGCCGCGCCCGCCAGAGGAGUCAGGCGACUACCACACGCUGGAGCGCGACGACUCUGACGGCGUGGCGGCCGUGACCGUGCAGCCCGGCGGCGAGGGCCGCCCGUCUGGCAAGCAGGCGCCGCCGAUCGCCAUGCCCGCGCCUCCCGACGUCGGCUCCUCCGAACCGGCGCCUGCCUCCUUUGGCGCCUCGGAAAAUACUGGCCUCAACACAGGAAGCAGUAUUCCAAAGUACACGUGAAGUACCUAUUCUCGGCUAGUCUAACGUAUAUUUAAGAGUAAUGAAGAAAUAAAUUAACCAUGAUUGCGCACUGUUGCUGAUAAAAUUCGAGCCUUUUAUUAUUAACUGUAAGUUAUAUUUUUAAUUUUGUAUAAUUAUUUUUCAACAAUAUUAUUCUGAUAUUACUUUUCUGCCUGUGGCUAGUCUAUAUGUGACCAUGUUUAUAAGAGACAUGCAAACUAUUUUUCUAUCCAUUUAAAACACUUUCUGUUCUUAUUUUGUUUUUAACUGUGGUUCCAGAGAGAAGAGAGUUAGUGUUGGUUUAGUCAAGGGAAAAAUCGUGCCGCGAAAAGAACUGUUGCACUACAUAUAAAUUGAAUACGUGUGCGGAAAGGUUUCAGAGACAUCAUCUAGUCAGAUUGCUAUUAUUUUCCGGUACAGUAUUUUCUUUUGACUUUUCAACACUGUAACCUACUUAAACGCCCGCAAAUCUUUCUUUGAACGAAUCUUAUCAAAAAAGCUACCGUGAUACUUAAAAGAGGAAAGGGGACGAUCGAUUCUCCAUACAAACGCAGUCCUCAUCUUCCUCUCUGGAUAUUGACAUUAUGGAAAAUAAUUUUACACAAUUUGAUGUAUUUUAAUCAUAGCUAUAACUUUUAUUAUUAAAAAUACUAGGCCCGACCGUUUGAAUUAUUUAGUUUUUUAAAUUAUUAUGAGAAUUAGGAGCGAAAAAUAAGUUUCAUACUAAUUUUUUAAUGCUCCUGACUCUUAUAAUAUUCAAAAAUUCGAAAGAAUCAACCUGUCGGGCAUAGCUAUGAUUAAAACACAUCAAAUGGUAAAAAUAUUUUCAAUAAUGUUAAUAUCCAGAGAGGAAAAUGGGAACUACAUUUGUAUGGAGAGGCGGUUUCGGGGCGGUCGUCCCCUUUCGUCUUAAGCAAGCGAACACAAGCGAGAUACGUGCUAUUACGCCUAUCACAGUCAAGUUUAUCUGCGCAGUUCGUCUCAAAAUAUAGCUUUCAAAAUAAUUGCUUACGAAUAUUCGACUUAAAAGUAAUAUGUACCUAUAUUCAUUAUCUCAAAUGAUUCGGUCAUUAAGGACUAGUUUUUUAAAUAUUGGCUGUAUACGUAUGUUCUAAGGCUUGAGUCGUCUCCCGUUGAUGCCGGGUGCUACGUAGAGCGUCCCGUUUUGUAGAAAUGUAAUUUUAUUCCCGUACUAUGUGACACUGUACGUAGCGGAGACUAAGCCCUAUAAUUCAACCACCGAAAAUAGAUAUUCCUUCCAUACAUAAUAUGUUUAAAUUGUUUUAUUCUUCAAAGUUACGUCAAUAAAGUAUUAUCCUAAG